AAACACAAGAAGCAUUUUGAGUAACAGAUGGCGGAGUCUAUGGUUGCGUUAAACCCUCCCAGAACCCUCCGCACUGAGAUUCUACCCUUCAAUCGCAAUUACCGAGCGCUGUCUCAGUUCCCAAUCACAGUCACUUUCAAACCGCGAAAGCUUCCAACCCCAACGAUCCGUGCUUCAGUUAUGCCUAGUGAAGGUAACCACCAACAACCGUCUUUGGGCGACGCUCUCCACAACAGUCCUCGCAAAACCGAAGUUCUCGACGCCAUCAGAAGAAGCUCUCUCUCUAAUUGCCUUUCCGAAACCAACCUCCAUUUCACAGUUCCUGGUCUCAACUCCAAAAUCCGUGGCAAAGUUCGGGAUAUUUAUGACGCUGGAGACUACCUUGUUUUGGUUACCACUGAUCGCCAAAGUGCUUUUGAUAGGAUUCUUGCUUCCAUUCCUUUCAAAGGCCAGGUUCUUAACGAGGCGAGUUUGUGGUGGUUUGAGAGAACUGAGCACAUAGUCUCUAACGCAGUUUUGUCUGCUCCAGAUAAAAAUGUUACAAUAGCGAGGAAAUGUUUGGUUUUCCCGGUUGAGUUUGUUGCUAGAGGGUUUGUCACUGGAAGCACUGAUACAUCUCUGUGGACAGUGUACAAUAAAGGCGUUCGCAACUAUUGUGGAAAUGUACUUCCAGAUGGAAUGGUAAAAAAUCAAAAGCUGCAUGAAAAUAUACUCACUCCAACAACCAAGGCUGCAGAUCAUGAUGUUCCUGUCACACCGGAUGAGAUUAUAGAAAUGGGACUGAUGACUCAAGCCGAUUAUGUAGAAGUGAGCGAAAAAGCAUUAAGAUUGUUUGAAUAUGGACAGCAAGUGGCUUUGGAGCAUGGCCUCAUAUUAGUGGACACUAAGUAUGAGUUUGGGAAGGCAAAUGAUGGUUCAAUUAUGUUGAUUGAUGAGGUCCAUACCCCCGAUUCAAGUAGAUAUUGGAUUGCCAAUUCUUACCUGGAGCGCUUUCAAAAUGGUCUUGAGCCUGAAAAUAUUGACAAGGAGUUUUUGAGGCUGUGGUUUAAAAGACACUGCAAUCCCUAUGAAGAUGAGGUCCUUCCUGAUGCUCCUGAAGAUCUUGUUUGUGAAUUAGCUUGGCGAUACAUAUUCUUGUAUGAGACUAUAACAAAAUCUAAGUUUGAGGUGCUACCGACUGAGGAGCCUAUACAUGACCGCAUUUCACGAAAUGUUGCAUCUGCACUGUCAUCUUUAAAAUAGCCCGGGAAUUUUAGGGCUGUAUUAUAACUGUAUUUUAAGUAAUCUCUUACUGAAAAAUGUAUUAAAAAGUUUAAAGUAACGGGGCUUCUCCACACAAGUUUUUAUUUUUCUAAAAUAUAACAUAAAACAGAAAGAAGGAAACAGGCUGUAUUGCUCUUUGAAGUUAAGCUUGUUUCUAAAUUGUCGUGAAGACAGUUUUCAGAAAUUUGUCUCCUUUUCAUUUCCUUUUUUGAACCCAAAGAAUAAAGAACUGUUUCUGGAAGCAGAACCAAAUGUGUCCCUUGCCUUGUAUGUUUCCUUGGAAUAGUACGAGAAGUAAAUAUUAUCUAUUGUGAGAGGAGUUAUUUGUUCCUUUUACAACAUGCUGCUAUCUUUCUUUUUCUGUACUUGUCCAACCGUGUUUAUCAGCCAUUCUGCAAGAGAGGGAGGGCAUAUAGUGCACACACUUUCUCUUAUUUGUUACAAUGCUUGCUAGUAAUUUCAGUCCGUUACUGUUUGUAAUAACUAUUAUAUUAUGAUAAAUAAAUUUUAAACUUCGAUGAUAACUUCAAAAAUUACCUGAAGAGAAAUG